CGAAAACUUGCUCGAGGCCGUCGAGGAAUCCGAGUAGCGCUACAGUAGUACCGUAUGCAGCAGAGUCGUGCAAACCACCUAUAUCGCCAUAUUGAGGUUGGAAGGUCCAAUGGCAUGGAACUUUGCUCCGUGAACCAAGCCCUCGCCACCCCCAGCGGUAUCAACGACUGCAGCGACAGCAGUCAACGCUUCGCUCCAUCCGUCGCUCAGCGCGAUGGUCCAGAGACGUAGUCGCUACAGCCAAGACGAUAGACUGACCAGUCGCGUUGCCUCCAGAACAACCUCGCCACGUAUCGGGCACAUCUCGCUGUCCGACUAGACUGCAACGAGACCAUGCAGCACGCUUUUCGCGCACAGUGGAUCAAUCUGGUGGGAUAGCGAUCACCAGCGCGACAGGCUGCUCCACAGUGAGCGAGCUCUGUAGACAAGCUGCUGGUUAGACUGCGAGGUCAGAGGUCAGUGAUCGACGUACUGCCAUUCGCUAGUUGGAAACGGUGAUCGAAGCAACCGAAGCGGGUGUUACAUAACGGACAGCAGCAAUCGAGAUGGACCCGGUGGCGACGACGGUGCCUGGUCUUAGCUUUGCGACAGACCUCCUCUUCAACCUCGACGCAGUGCGCAAGGCGUGUGGCAGCGGCCUCUCGACGCACCAAGGGCUACUGAGUCUCCUCAAGGGCCGCGUGCAGCUCGAAUUGCACUACGCCGCCGAGCUCACGCGGCUCGCCGACCAGUUCAAGGUCGACCAAGACAUGGCCGAUCUGCACCCUUCGUCGUACGUGAGCUCGCUCAACGCAGCCUUAUUGAGCGUCAAGAGCCAGUACGUCAACGCGAGCGUGCAGCACAAGAGCCUCGCUGCAAGCUUGGACGAGGACGUCUACCGCCCAUUGAACGCGCUCUACCAGAGCCUCGCCAAGAAGGAACAGUCGACCACCUCGUGCAUGGCCCGCGUCCGCAAGCAGGCCAAGGCGCUGGAAGAGAACUUUCGCAAGCAGCACGCAAAGAUGGACAAGACGUUCAAGGAGGCGACAAUGACGUAUGCGCAAGCUCUCGAAGCUGGCAUCGCGCCGCGUGUCAUCCAAGAGCAGGUGGGCAACGAGAGCAGCAGCAGCAACAAUGCACUAGAAGACAGCACUUCGUUUCUCGGCGAACUCUUCCCCAAGCGGCGACCGACGACCACGAUAGCCUCGCGCAACGCAAGCAUCGAUAGCGUCAAGCUCGUGAGCUGGCUGCUGCCCAACGAGCACCAAAAGAAAGAGAGCCUCGCGGUCGCCGCUGCCCGCGCGGUCGAGAGCGCCGAAGCCGCCCGCUUCGAGUGUCGACAAGCGUAUGCUGGUUUCGAAGAUGCACGUGUUGCCUUGUACCGGUCAACGCAGUCGAUCCUGAACGACUACCAGACCAUCUCGGAGCAGCGUAGCACACAGCUUUCGACGAGUUUGCGCAAGCACAUUGUCUUCGAAUCGGCGACCCUCGCCAACCUGCAGUACGACUGGCAAAUGGUGGCCAAGCCGCUGGAAGCGGUCGACGUCGACGCCGACCUUCGGGCGUUCAUUCUGCACAACUACCGUCCUAUCGUGCCGCACAUGACGAUCGCGGACCUCUGCACGACCGAGACGCCGCUGCCGCACCCGCCGCGCACGAAAGCGUUUGGUCUUCACGACGUGACACUGCGACGGUAUCCGCUCGACACGUGUGGCAACCGGCAGUCGGUCUACGGCUGGCUCGUCACGCGCGACCAGAGCAUCUACGCGAACGACGCCAAGCCCGCGGUCGUGCCCGUCGUAUCGUCGCAUGCCGUCGCCAAGGCCGUCCAAGCUGCGCUCGCCUGCAUCAUCGCGAGUGUUUCCAAGCCUGAAGACACGGCGGUGCCCGACGACAAGCGCGACGACGACGACCGAGAGUCCUCCGAGAGCACGCACAGCACGGAGUGCUAAGUGCCUACGACUUGAAACACGAGCAAGUUGACAGUCCUA